GAGACUUGAGUUUGAGUAAUGGCCAAUAACAUUUUCCUUAUAGACAGUACUCACAGUUGUAGUUGAAAGUGAUUGAAAUUUGAAAACGAGCAAUUACGUAAUAAUAAGAAAGCCAUCGAAAUGUCUCUUAUAUUCAAACGAACGAUUGAUUUUACUCGUAAUCUUGGGCGGACGAUACUUAGUAACCAACACUAUCCAGUGACCCAGCGCAUUGCCUUUAAAUCUGACCAAACACCGCAAAUUGAAUCUCGUCCCACUGUUGCAAAAUUAGAUCCACUUCAAAAGUCUCAACUGAUCGAUUUUGGGAAAUACGUGUCUGAUUGUUUACCAAAGUACGUACAAAAAGUUCAAAUCACAUCCGGUAAUGAGUUGGAAGUACUUAUUCCUCCAGAUGGAGUCAUUCCCGUUCUUCAAUUUUUAAAAGACCACCACAGUGCACAAUUUGCGAGCUUGGUAGACAUAGCGGGGAUGGACGUGCCCAGUCGGGUUAAUCGAUUUGAGAUUAUCUACAAUUUAUUGUCUCUGCGUUACAAUGCUAGGAUUCGGGUAAAGACCUACACGGAUGAACUGACACCUAUAGAUUCUGCUUGUGAAGUGUUCAAAGCUGCAAACUGGUACGAAAGGGAAAUCUGGGAUAUGUAUGGAGUUUUCUUUGCGAAUCAUCCAGAUUUAAGAAGAAUUCUAACUGAUUAUGGAUUUGAAGGCCAUCCAUUCAGAAAAGAUUUCCCCCUAAGUGGUUAUGUAGAACUGCGUUAUGAUGAUGAACAAAAGCGUGUUGUUGUGGAACCCUUAGAAUUGGCUCAGGAAUUCCGAAGAUUUGAGCUAAGUGCUCCUUGGGAACAGUUUCCAAACUUUAGAGGAAAUCCCGUUGAAGAAGUUGCCUCCACAGCAGAACCUAAGAAAGAAUAAACUUAUGGUUCAUUAUUUUCUUUCAAAUUCUUUAAUAAAAUUAAAACUGUAUUUAUUCAACAUAAUAGUAACAAUUUACAAGAAAAGUUAUGUGCAUAGGUAAAUAAAUCGAGUUGAGAAAAGUU